UUCCUAACCAUGGCCAUAUUAAAGCGUCGCGCUGAAGAAAAUAUUUCAGUUGUGAUUUAUUUUUUAACGCAGGCAGCUUCUCUUGAAAAAAGCUUAAAAUUUUUGUCUCAGAAUUAAAAAAAAAAAAUGUCGACGACAAACCAAAAUUUCCAUUGUCCACCUUCAGGAUCUGCCUCUGCCGUAUUGGACCAGGCCAAGUGGAUGUACAUGUGUGGAAAGAAAGAUUGGAAAGAAUUCGACACUGCAUUGCAGGCGCAGCUUGAGGCUCGGUACUCAUCAGGAGGCAACAAAUUUUCGUACACUUUGGGCAAUGAACUUUACGACGCGGAUUUCAUGAAGUGGAAACAAGUGAAGAGGAGCGACCCGACCAAAGUGAGGAACAUCAAGAGGGAGAUUGUGAGCGGACAAAACAAUGCGAUCUUUAAGGCUAAAAAUUCUCUACGCUGGCUCAACCUGACUGAAAUCAUGAAUUACGAAGUAACUUUUGCUUUCCAUCAUGUACUGAAAUCAUUUUUGUGUUUGCUUGUAUUUAUUAUCGUUUGGUCAUUUAUUUAAAAAUAAAGGAUUUGGGAUUUUUUGUUUAAUGUAAUGAGUCUAACUUUGCAACAGAUGGAUGAUCAAAACACAUGGAGUAUUUUUUUAUAAAAUUUAAUUACACAUUAUUAUUUUAGUAGGAAAUUAGUUGGAACAGAUCUUUAUUCUUAAAACUGUAAGAUUGCUGAAAC